AUGCCGACAGCUACAGGAAACCAGGCAGUGGCUGCUGCUAUUGGUGCUGGACCAUCGGCGUUGGCAUCGGCUUCCAUCACAACCUCGGAACAGCUCGUCAAGGCACUUCGUGUACCUCAGCCACCAGCAAACAGUGUACGCAAGAUCGACAUUGCUCUCGAUGCAUGGCAGUCGGACAGCUUCUUCGUCCCCAAGAAGGCUGAGCUACUAUCUCAGUGGGUGCUCGAGCAUCUUUGCUCCUCACUACGAUCAUCGUCUACUUCCGCCCAGGCGCCAAGCACGCCCAACAAAGGAAAGAACAAGGCCAAACAGCAGCAGCACCAGCAGGCACAGACAGUCGUAGUCGAACUGGAUUUGAAAGCAUGGCAGCUUCUUUCGAGCAUCGUCACAGCUCAGAUCAGCCCAGAAUCGGGCCUCUCGGAAGCCGCCAAACAAAGCUGGCUUUCGCAUCUUGCCAACACACAACCUGUGCUCACCUUGGCCGGCUCUUUUGCUCGACAGCUUAGUCAAGCCGCGUCGUUGGAUGAAAAAGAGGCGCUGCUCACAGCUGCAUCGGUUCCACUAGAAAGGCUCUUGCCUCCAGCCACGUCGAGGACAGCAGCCACCAACAUCGAAGCUGCUGCGGACUCCAUUCACGCCUGGCUCGACUUUUUUGGCAAGACACGCACUGCUCUCGAACAGCAAAAGGGAUACGCAAUCCUCCAGUCUAUACUGUCUACUUUCACCACCGCCCUGCAGUACGGCUCUAACGCCAAGAGGAAUCACCAACAUUUUUGCAACAGUGCAAUUCCGUCGCUCUUGAAAGCUCUCCACAAACUUGGCAGUCACGAUAUCGAUGCUAAAGCCGAGUCCACGCAAAGCUCCGCCCUCCUCGACGCAGUUCAGCAAAUUGCUGCUGAGUCGCUCUUCACCGAAGAUGUCCAGCGAACGCUCUUGCAGGCUGGUCGACAAGCCCAAGUCACUAGAACCGUCAGUUGGAAAGAGUCCAAGAUCACCACCUCCGGAGUCGUGUCUCAGCUCAGCGGCUUCCUCCAAGAUCAGCAGCUCACCCAAGCUGCGCUCAGCUCUCUCGCCACGCUCACUGACCUUCUCUACUCCAAGCUAGGACGCAGCGACGCCCUCAACUCGAUCGCUUCCAGCAGUAAUACCUCGUCGGGCUCCGUGCGCGAAUCACAGCUCUCUCUUGUCCGCAAGACGAUGCUUUCGCAGUGGUACUUUCCCCUCGUACCACACCUCGUCUCGUCUGCAAGCAUCCAGGCUCAUCAGGUGGACCGAGCCACAGCGCGAAAAGAGCUGCUCCAGGGCAUCGAGCGUCACAGUCUCUACGUAAUAGGCUGCGACGAAGUUCAAGAGUGGCAUUCGUUGUUCAGCACACUCUUCGAUACAAUUUGCCACGAAUUGCGUCUCAUUGUUACGGAUGCUACUCCAGCCGCUCAGGGCGAAAAGGCGGACCACUUUGCUUGCCUCACAUCCCUUUGGCGAUUGGAAAAGUCAGUCAUCGAGGACAAUCUCACUUCCAUCUUUGCCUUGGUCGCUGUACAGCCCGUCUCGAAACCGGCUCUGUGGCUGGCCGAAGAGUUGCCCGCCCCGACGCUCGCAGCGCUCGACUUCUUCCGUGCUGUCGCAGCCAUCGACGUGCGAUUCAGAACCAUCCCGUCCCUCGUCGAAACCGUUCUUAGAAGUAUCCCGCUAGCAACCGAGCUCACUGCGAAGGUCGACAACGAUGCCACGGCUACAUCGCUGUUUACGUCUCAAACGUUCUUGGCCGAACUUGCAAAGCUCUGUCGCGACAGCGUCACCGCCAUGCAGGUGGCGGAUCUCGUUCACCGGCUCACAAGCCUGGCGCAGCGCCUGGACACGAUCUUGCAAAGCGAUACCACUCCCAGAGCAUCCAAGAAGCCACGCACCUCGUCCCCCACCAAGGCCAACCAAGCGCAAGCAGAAGGAGCAACCGCACUGAUCGCACAACUACAGAUCGCAGCACAGGUCCUGCAAAGCGUCAAUCUGGCACCGACUUUCCGAGCUCGCUCCAUCGCUGCAGCGGAAGAGCUGCACAACGUCCUCGUCCUUCCAUGCAUCGACGCUUGCCUCUCAUCGACACGCACGGCCGAAACGUACGGCGUGGCGGCCGCUGCAUUGCGCGUGAGGCAGGCGCUCUUGUCUGAAAAGUGGCGGUAUGACCCUUCGGAGCCGGUCAAGCUCGACGGUUCGCUGCCGACCGAGAGCCUGCCGUGUCUCGAAGAGGCAUUCAACGAGCGGGCCGAGUCCUUGCUCGAGCUGCUCUCGCUCGGCGCUACUGGUGAGAAGGAGGUUCGCCCAGCGCUGUGCCAGUUGCAGUUCCAGAUCGUGCAAAGCCUGCUCCAGCGCGCCGAGCGGGACACCUUCCUCGAAGUGAAGGAAUCGCGGUAUUGUCGACUGAUCGCAGAGGACGCAGGUGUGAUCCGCGACUUGCUUCGCGAACUGCCAUCCGCGAGCAGUGCGAGCGCCUGGAACGGCUGUCCUAGCCGCGUGCAAAACCGAGGCGAGCUGUUGCAGAUCCUCUGGAUGGCUAUUGUGACUCGAUGGGCGUCGCUGUUCGAGGCGGUUGCAGCGACGCAGACUAUGGAAGGGCUUGCUAGCACGGUCGUCGCGACGGCGGAACCAAGUGUGCGAAAUGAUGAUGCACAGAGUUGCAUGCGAUACAUCACGACCACAGCGUUGCGCAACGCGUCCUUCCUCGAGCUGCCCAAAUGGCGCAAGCACAUUGUUGCGGCCGUUCUGCAGGAGGUCGCUUCUCAGCAGAGCCUAGAGCGCCGACUGGCAGCCACGGUGCCGCUUUGCAUUACCCCGUCCGAAUGGGUCAGCAAGGCUGCGCGCGCAUCUGUGGCCAAGGCGCUCCUCGCGCUCGAUGGCGAGAUCGUCGCUGCUCGUCAAAACGGCGCGGCGAUUGCUGCGAACGUCUCCAUGGAACAGUGGGUGGAGCUGCGCAGUUUGAUCGCUAGGGUCCUAGAGGAGUACGCAACAGAGACUGAUGUCAGUGACGAGAAUUUGUUUGCUGCCCUCCAGGCAUUCUGGGGCGCGCAGCGCAGCGAUCCAGGUGAAUCCAAACAGCAGCAAUCCUGGGAGCGCGCAUCGCUCGCCGCCAUUCACUCUGCGCUCCGUGUGCUGCUCGGGCGGAGCAAGCACAGUUCAGCCACGCUUCAGCGUCUCUCAGACGUCGCAGAGAUGCUCCGACAGGAGGCUGCGGCAGAGUCGAUCGCGGACAAGACGCGGGUAUCGUUCAAGAUGCGUGCCGCCCAGGAGAUGUUGGCUACCCUCACCACUUCUGGCGCAGCUGCGCAACAAGACGACGCAGCUGCUUCCACGACGAAUGUCAAGGCGGUUUUGGACGUGUCUUCUGCAGAGCUGAACACAGCCGGCGACGUCGCUCGAGCGCUUGAUGUCGCGCUUUACCAUCUUCGCGAGGUUCGGCUGCUCGUUGGUGGAUCUGGCGGCGAUGGCGCCGGUCCUCUGGAGUUGACACAGGUGCUUUCCAGGCAGGUCGUAAGGUCGCUGUGCAUCCUGUUUGGGCGGGCGAACAUUUUGGCGGCAGCGCACGGCGAAGUGGGUGAAGGACAAAAGAUCCUGCGAUCAGCAGCGGAUGUGGCGCUGGAGCUUGUGCGUUGCAUCGACGCAAGCGGUGCGUCCAACAGCAGCUCCGUCCUAGCUGCGUCUUUGGCGUACUCGGCGCUGAUCGCCUCGCUGCCCGGUCUUCAGGAACAGCGACGCGUGGCUGAUGGCUUGCAACGCUUUGUCUCGCGUCUCAGCACGGAACAGUACGACGAGGCGCUCUCCAAGCUGUUGGUUGCGCUCCGAUCCACGGCUUCGGCCAGCAUUGCUGUCGAUGCGGUCGACGCCAACGAAGCCGCAGCGAGGGACGGCGACGAAGCGGCGCUGGUCAGCACCGUCGGGCUUGUGCUCGGCAGCGCACCGGAAGGAACGUCAAAGGUAGCGAGGGCGCAUCUGUCCACCUGGCUCGCUAUCGUGACCAGCAGCAACGCGCUGACGAGCGGCGGACGGAUCAAGCUGCGCUCAAUGGUGGCGUGCACGUCGGCGCUCGAGCAGCUGUGCAGCAACCACGCGAUGCUCCUGCGGUCGCAAGACAUGGGUGCUGUGCUGCAGCUGUUUUCGAGCAUCGCGGGGCCGAGCAUGUUGGACGAGCCGUCGCAGACGCUGGUCGAAAUGCAGCCUUCGGCGCGGGACAGCGUGAGGACGAAGGUGUUGGACGCGAUGCUGUCGACGUUGAGCUCGCUGAUGCGGCUGAGGCAGGAUCUGGUGCUGAGCUUCCUGCCGCAGCUCGGUCUGCUCCUCGCACGGCUCUGCACGCUCUUCCGCCGACUGCGACGUCACCCGCAAACAGCCAGAAUCGAAGCAUCCGGCCUCCAGCGUCGACAGCUGCGUCGCGACCUGCCCAUCUGGCUCGACCCGGUGCUCGUCACCCCGCUCAACGCCUCGCUCCACGCCCGCGCGCUCUCGCGCCUGCUCUCCAACCUGGUCGUCAAGAACGUCUCGCUCAAGAACCGCUCCUCCUCCACCACCUCGCACCAGCAUACCGUGGGGGCGAAGGCGGAAUCGCUCGCCCGACCGUUCUCGAAACACGCGUCCUACGUGCUGGUGGCGUACCUGCGGAGUCUGACCGCUCCGAAUGCGGUGGUGCCCGCCGAGGUGCGCGCCGAGCUCGAGGUGGGCAUGAUGACGCUGUGCGAGAUCAUGGGCGUGCAUCAGCGAGAUGCGGCUAUGGUCGGGCUACUGGACUCGGCAGGCAAGGUGUUGCUGAAGAGGAUGUGGGGCGAGUAUGAGAAGCAGAGGUACAAGGGUCAGUAG